AUGAGGGUCCAAUUUAUUUUUAGAAAUGAUGCAGUUGCUCAAGCUAUUGAUGUUAGACAGUUGGAUGUUAAAGAUAUAGAAUGUGAUGAACCUUUAGCUCUAGUCUUCACAUUACACUCAUUUUAUAUUGCAAAGAUUAUGGGAGCUGAUCCAGAAUUUUUGCAAGAUUUACCUCUCUCAUAA